UUUAAGUGAUAAGAGACUUGUGAUUGUAUGGAAAAGCUUUAGUUAUAUAAAGAUAUUCUUGCUAAAACUGUGAUAAACUUUUGAAAGUGUUCGGGAUCUGAAAGCACUUAGAAAAGCUUCCCUUUAGCUUUUUAGCAAUUGACAUAAGUUGCUCUAACCAAGCCAAUUCAUGAAAAAUAGUAUAAGAAAGUUGUGUAUAUAUUGUACUCUGCCUCACAAGAGGUUAUCACACAUCCUCUAGAAAAAGGAGCUGACAUUAACUACCUAAUGUUCCAAUUUAAUGCCCGUUCUACCCUGUAACACGGGGAAUGCUUUUGCCACUUGUAGAAUCCGUGCUGACCAAUAUUAAACGAUUUUUUCUAUUUAUUAUUUAUUUUUAGUAUACGUAUAGUAUAAUUUUUUCUUUAUUAUAUUUUAUUGUUGCUUGAGCAUACCUACAUCCUACUUUUCUUGCCAUUUAAUGGAGAAAUUAUGCCAUCACAUGCUGCCAAGUUGAUUGAGAAAAAUUUAUCUUUCAACUAUAAAUACAACGCCCAAGAAAGAAGAUUGAUUAAAGAACCAAUUGUGAACAUCCGAGGAAAGACCAAGCAGAUGCUGUUAUAUUACCGUCCCACAACUCGGUAUGAGACGAAGACCAAGACGUAGACCUGGGCUGGCCGGUAAACCCAGGACACUAACUGAUGCACGAGUUAAUGACUGUGUGGAUCCUCCAUCUGAAAGCAGUCUUGCUACCAACUUUGAUGCACUUGCAACUCACCAGAGGAACCCUCGGCUUCGCCAACGUAAUGCUUUACCCCGUCUUCAACCAAUCACGUCAUUUUCGCCCGUGCGGGGUGAUGGUGGUGCUGCUGCCAUGCCUACUGAGAUCUUUACCAUUAGCAACCAAGGAGUUCUCAAUAACUGCAAUAUCAUUGAGAUCUUGAUCCAUAUAGUGUGCCAACAUCUUCAGCCUGAACCCAAGAAAAGGGAAAUAUUAUUUAGAGCUUUUUGCAUGGUGAUUAAGAAGUGUAAUGCCGCAUUAUACUUCCCACUGUCUGCCUUCCCUCACCUCCAAGAUGUUCGGACAAGCCUUUUGAGAGAGUUUGAACAACUAUUCGAAACGUAUUCGAGUCAAAUCCCUUCAGACUUGGCAAGCUUGGAUUUUUCGAGGUUACAGGUUUCCACAAGCCCACUGAGUCAGCUUACGCUAUCAAACAUUUACCAACACCUGGAUGAUCGUUAUACCCGAGAAUUUGUGGAGUGGGAGGUCCUAGGAAGAGGUGGAUUUGGAGUGGUUGUAAAGGUCCAGCAUAUGUUAGAUGGCUGCUUCUAUGCCAUCAAAAUUAUUCCUAUGGAGGAUGAUGACAGCCAGACUGCAUUAAGGGAGGGAAAGGCCCUGGCACUGCUGAACCAUCCUAACAUUGUGCGCUACUACAGCACCUGGGCACAGCUUUAUGUCCUUCCUUCACACCUGAAUCUCAUUGACCAACACAGCGAAAAGUUGAGGCGAAAACCUCGUCGGCCUGCAUCAAUAAUCACAAAACCAAGAGUUAACAGAAUAUUUACGACAUCCAACAUCAAAAUCGAAGAAUUAUCUAGCAAUGCAGAAUGUGAUGAUGCAGUUGAAGAGACUUCAGGUGAAAUAUCCUCCAGAGGUCAGAGGAAAUCACAGAGGAAACUCACUCACAGAGCCCAAGCAACAAAAGCGUUUAAUAUUAUACAUGAAGAAAGUACAGAAAUGAACUACAAUAUUUCUGUAGAUGAAAGGAUGGAUAACAACAGUAGAGAAACUCUUCACUGUAACAACCUUCAGCAAAAUUCCUCUAAGCUAAUGAAAAAUCUUGGAAUUAGCAGCAAAGAAAGCUGGAAUGCCAAAAGUUCAUCAGACGAAAGUAUUAUUUUUUGCGAUAACCUUAGCAGUAAUGCUGAAAGCAAAAAUGAAAAGAUUCUCAUGCCAUAUAAAUAUUCAUCUUCAUCAAGUUCUGAAAAUUUAGUGAGUGCCUCUUUGGAUAGUGAAAAAAGUGCAGUAUUAUCAUCUGUCAGUGAUGACCAAAGAUCUGUUAUGCCAUAUUCUUCUCAUAGAAUGGAGGUUCUGGAACAUAACAAUCAGCGUCAAUUGACUAUUUUUAUCCAAAUGGAACUUUGUGGCGAGUCUUUAAGAGAUUGGCUGCAAUAUCGGAAUGACAAUUAUACACCAAGCGCUAAUGGCAGACAGUCCCCAGUAGACCGAAAAAAAUACCUGGAUUUAUUCAAGCAAAUGCUUUUAGCUGUGCAGUGUAUCCAUUCUGCUAAUAUUAUUCAUCGUGACGUAAAGCCUGCAAAUAUAUUCUUUACACUGGAUGGACGGCACAUCAAACUGGGUGAUUUUGGGUUGGCCCGAUUAAUGCCAAACCUGGUUACCUGUGGAUCAGGAGAAACGGAUAUAAUUGUAGAAGAAACCAACCUUACACCAAUAUCUGAGCAUGCACCAAACACUCGUGGUGUCGGAACACCUAUUUAUGCUGCUCCAGAACUCAAGAUUGGUGGUCGAUACGAUACUAAGAGUGACAUGCACAAUCUAGGAAUCAUUCUGCUGGAGUUCUUUCAACCAUUCCAGACGGGAUCAGAGAGGAUCCACGUGAUUAAUGCCCUUAAAACAAAACGACAGUUGGACCAAGAAUUUCUCACCUUGUGGCCUGAUAUUGCACCUUGGAUAUUGCAACUCACUGAUCCGGAGCCAAACGAUCGACCGUCAGCUUAUGAAGUAUUGGAGUCAACAUUGUUUAAAAUUCCAAAAUUGGAAAGAUCGCCUAAAAAAUUGCCAAUGGAAAAAUCUGAUGAGAUUUACCAAAAAAAUGCUGAGAUUGCAAAGUUGAAGGAAGAAAAUUUAAAGCAGAAGGAAAUAAUUGCUCAGUUACAACAGGAAAUUGAAAAUAUGAAGAUUGAAAUUAAUAACAAAUGAAAAGCAUCCAGAAUAAUUAAUCACUGUAUUCAUUUUAAAUCUGAAUCAAUUCAAUUUGUUUCUGAAAAAAAUUCUUUUCUCUCAAAAAUGGGGAAAAUUUGAACACAGCCUUAAUCUUUAAACUAAGGUCUUUAGGCACAUAAGGUUAGUAAUUACACUAGACCAUCGGCAAAUACUAAAAAUUAUGGGAGAUACAUUCUCUCUCUCGGUCCGAGUCAUUGUUGUAUGUUUAAUGACAUCCAUAUACAUAUGCGUACUGUAUAUAUAUAUAAGCAGAAGAUCUCGUGAUUCCCAUUUGCUUCAGAGUCAACCAGUUUAAGUCUUUUACCUCCAUAUUUAGUGAAAACCCUGGUUUAUUAGAAGAGCACUGGAUUCCAGGUAAAUUACUACUAAAUAGUAGCUGGUUUGGAGUUAACUUCAGCUCUGAGAUAUGAAACAAUAUACAGUAGUAGUUCUGAAGACUACUGUGGCAACAUAUCAAAAUGUAUUUUUUCAUGGCAGUCCACAUGCAAAAUACAGGAUGACAAGUUUUUAUCAUGGCGGCAGGUCACAAUACAUAACAGCAGUGAAGAACAUAGUUCAAUAUUUUCUGUAACAUCAAUUCUUUACUAAUUGUAGCAGCAUUUCAAAAGCUGGUAAUAUGAGAAGCUAUAUGCAACAGCAGACCAUUUGCUAAAUUCAUCAUCAAGUAAAGAGUUAUGUACAGUACAGCUAAGAGUCAGCUGACACAGCACAAGCUAAGAUACAAUACACAGUCAGUAACUAACAGAAAGUCAAGACCUUGAUUGCAGUAGAAAGUGAAGGGCAGUUACAACAUCAUUUCAAAAAUUGGUUAUGGUACCAAGUUAGGGUCAUUAAUGGGACUGCAGCUACAGGAUAUGGUAGCAAGUUAGGGUCAUUAAUGGGACUGCAGCUACAGGUUAUGAGUUGUGUAUGAUAGUAGGUCUUGAAAUAGAUGAUAUUUAGUCAAAAUACAGCUGAUUGUAUUUUAACUGCAGGUGCAAGAUUUGAAUUAUAAUUAAAGCAGCAGGUUCCCAACUUCAUCUAUUUGUUAGCUAAAUGAAGCAGCAAAAGUAGAACAGUGUACAAUCAAAACUACGGCAUAAGAAUAGUGGGGUUUCCACUAAUCUGAGAAUUACCAUUUGACACUAGUGGCAGAUCUAUAUUUAUUGUAGGGGGUUUAAGUUUAUUUUUUAUUGUUUAUGCAAUUCAUAAAGUUAUAAAAGGGUAAAUAUAAAAUGAUGUACAGUUUUCAUAGUCUGGGCUAAAUCCUCAUAGCAGCAAAGUUUUCCCUGGAAACAACAAUAGUCACUCAUUGUAUGAAGUGACAUCAACAGUUACAUUUCACCAAAAAAAUAAAAAAUAAAAAAAAAUAAAAAAAGAUUAUCAGAAGUGUGAAAAAAUAUUCUUGGAUUUUUAUCAUGAUUUAGGAUUACUAUGUGAUUUGAUUGUUAUUCGCUCAAACAUGAAAUGAGUUGUGUUUGUGAUUUUAUGUAGUGUUAUGGGAAGGUUUGAUAGUGAGGUCUCUGAAUCCACUUUUGAUCUGCCACUGGACAUAAAUUGUUCCUAUUGGUUUAUUCCAAGUGUCAUGUUGUGAUGAGUUCAGGAUCUGUUUAACAAGUUCAGAACCCCUGUAUGUACAGUCCUUUGUUAUUGUUUUUUG